AUGGCCCUCGCUGGCGUCACUGACGACGUUCACAGUGGUGGAGCAGGUGGAAAAGAAACUGAAUCUCUUCAACCAGUUGACGAUUCUGAUCGUCAUGACGGCGGUGCACACAGCAGCGACGGCACGACGGACCCCAUACCUGCGGAUAUUUCCACCACAGAUGCCGUUGCCAAGGAGACGGAGUACCUAAGCGAGCCGGCCCGGAGAUGGACUAAGCUAAGACAAAACUUCCGCCUCGCGGCGCUACGGUCCAUCGCCCAAGACAAGCGGGAAGCUCUCAAGAAACUUCAAGAGGUUAGGAAAAGAGCAGACAAGGCCCAGGAGGCCCAGAGUGAUAGCCGAACGUGCAAGAUCUGCUGGGACAGGGCGACGAAUACCGUGUGCUUGGACUGCGGACACCAGUGCAUGUGCACAAGGUGUGGGGCGUGCAUGACAUUCUGCCCCAUUUGCAUGCAGGAUAUUACCGACCUGGUGGAGUUGCAAUAGCAGCAAACACCGCCCACCCCGCACGGUCCUCUGGCGAGUGGAGCUGGGACAAGCUCGGAAUGGCGUGUUGCAAGGCGUUGCGUCUACUUUUAUUUAUUGGUGCCUGGCAGUUUCCUGGAGUUCGGCAGACAACGGCGGUGCUGCCAAGUGUUGCCAAGGUUUAUGUUGAUUGUUUUUGGAACGUUGUUUUGCAGGGGCACAUUGUGUAGCCGAGAGAUCGGAAGAUCAGUCUCUGUCGCGUAACCUUUGCCGUCACAAGGACAACCGGGUGACCAGUUUGUGCAAGGCAUUUGUAUUUUCGGAAGUAGACGCUAGAGCGGCGAAUGUCUUCCCUUCGUAGCCCCCAUGAGUGACGGGAGAGGUGAGAGGUG